AUGCCAGCUCUCGGAAUACAAGUUGAACUUGAGUACCAACCAUUGUCAAAGAAGCAGCUGGACACGCAUAUGAAUGCAAUUUGUGGGAACAUUAUUGGUGAGCUUGUCAUGGGAACACUUCAGUGCUACCAGGUGUUGCUGCCGAAUCGUCCUUUGAGCAAUGAUCAUGGAUGGUGCAACGAUUUGGGUGCAAUUGGAGUGGAGAGGAAGAAAACUAGGCAUCAGCAGACCUUCGUCUUUUCCCACGCUGACGCAUCCUUCUUCAGUAGUAGGGCGAAUCCACUGAAGCUGGCACAGGCACAAGCACAGGCUGCACAGCUACAAGCACUUCUUCAGAAUAAUGGGCUUAGUGAUCCCAACUUGCUUAUGCAGGCGCGUUUGAGGUCGUUGGUUCCCGGCGUUGAUCCACUUCUUGCGCUUGGAGGGCUGUCUAGCCCAGAUGGACCAGGCGAAGGGGGCGCUUUGCUUGGUGGUGGCCAACGCACUUCACCACAGGAACUGCUUAAUCCG